AGCAGCCUGGGGCUCACCGCCGCUCCUGCCUGCACCACACUCGUGGCCUCGUGGAACAGUAGUGACAUUAAAUCAGAAUUAUUUGGUCCAGCAAAACUGUGGUUACUUAAUAGUCCAAAUACUUCCAGCAGCAGGCAGGAUACUAGCGGUGCCAGUGUGAAUCUAGGUGUAACACUGAGCCAUGGAACAGUAGCGAUAUUUAAUUGAGUUUAUCUUCAGGGAACUGUAUUGCAGUAAUAUUAUUACAAAUACAAGAGGUACAAUGGCUCUUGAUACACGAGUGUUCAGGUGGACAAACACUUCAUCGUUUAGCGACUUGUGCUGCGAGGAUUUCAACAGUGUAGUAGGAAGUGAUCUGCGUCAGGGAGAUUAUCUGGACGCUUACAGUGACGGGUGCGACACCACGCCCUCAGCCAGUCCGGGCAGUGAUGACGGUGCUCCGCCUAGCCCCGCCCCACACCACAGUGCUCACUCCCUUCCUACGCCCAUCUACACCGACCUCUCCACGCCCGCGACGAACACCUUCACCCCGGCAAGCUUUUACAACGACAGCAGAAACUAUUAUGGAGGAGCGGAAGCUGAGAGGGGGCAGGCAUUCCAUCCGACGGCUGAAUUCCAACGACAGACAGUAAUGAGUAAUGAGAAUAGCAGUAACUUUACGCCAGUUAAUUAUGAAAACUUCUGGCCUAGCAGCGGCGCCAGUCAGACCAUAUCCCCGGCCUACCAGUCUGUGGGACCUCGCACGGAAACGAUAGUCCAAAAUCAACCCAUCUUCGAACGCAAACCUCUGAGGAUACGACGGAGACAGCCCAUAUUUGUUAACGGUGAAGUCAAGAAGAAACGAAGACUUCAAGCCAACGCCAGGGAACGGAGACGAAUGAACGGCCUGAACGACGCCUUCGAGAGACUCCGAGAGGUGGUGCCCGCGCUUGGGAACGACAGAAAACUCUCCAAGUUUGAGACGCUUCAGAUGGCGCAGACCUACAUCACGGCUCUCUCCGAGUUGCUCAAGAGAGACACUUAGGACAAGAAAGACGUUUAGGCCUACGAAGAAACUUAGGCCUAGAAAGGAUACUUAGACCUAUAGAGAUAAUUAGGCCCUGAAAAACACUUAGGCCUUAUUAAACAUUUAUUGCAAGCUCCAGCUGCGCUUCAUAUUACAGUGUAAAAAAAUCAAGCGACCAUUUCUUUCAUUAGUAAAUUCAUUUAGUCCCUCAUUUGCACCACUUAUUUAUUUGAUUAUAGUUUUUUUGUACAUAUUGUAUCUACAACGUGUAAAUAUUGUAAGGCUUACCCCAGUGUUCAACUUACAUUUGAAUAUCGUCAACAGGUAUUUCCUCAGUCUCCUGUCUUCUACUUCGGUUACUUGCAUCCUACUAAGUCACUACUUUAGAAACUAAGUAGACAGGAGAGGAUUCUUUUUUAAGGACUUAUUGGAAACGUAUAUGGUGUUAAGUACUUCGGAAUACAUCAAAGUCAUGAAAGUAUAUUUUCAAGACGUAGUUUAAACAAGCUUAGUAAAAUUGCUUUGUAGUGUAGAAUGUUUUGUUUGUGUCAGUUUACAUGUGAAGUGUAGAAGAGAAUUUGAGGGAGAAAAUAUGACCCAGUUCAGCAGUGACGAGGCGACGAUCCCCUUGAUGCUAGUUUUUAA